AUAGCAUCGAAGUGACUUAGUUAAAUAAUUAAUAAUCUGUGGCGAACAGUGUUGCCAACCUAAUGAGAACUUUGUGCUGAGUGUUGCCGCAUAACAAAAAUGCAGCGGCAACUGAGUAACGUUAGUGUUUAUUCUUACCAGGAUUAUCAACCAUCGAGAAAAUAUGGGCAACAGUAUGAGCCGGGUGGAUACGCGGCGGCGGUCCAGCAGCGAACAAACAUGACACAACGGGAAGAUGCCCUCAAAUUCGAGCAGGGCCGUAUCAAAGCACUACAAGAAGAACGCCUGCACAUACAGAAGAAAACAUUCACCAAAUGGAUCAAUUCCUUCUUGCAAAAGGCGCGAAUGGAGGUGGACGACCUGUUCGUCGAUCUGGCGGACGGCCGAAGACUCUUGAAAUUGUUGGAGAUCAUCAGUGGAGAGCGACUUCCCAGGCCCAACAGUGGACGUAUGAGAGUCCACAAAAUUGAAAAUGUUAACAAGAGCUUGAGUUUUUUGCAUACCAAGGUGCGUCUGGAGUCAAUCGGAGCUGAAGAUAUCGUGGACGGCAACCCUCGGCUGAUCCUAGGUCUGAUAUGGACCAUCAUCUUGAGGUUCCAGAUCCAGGAGAUUGAAAUUGACGUUGACGAAGAAAAUGAAUCGUCAGAGAAGAAAUCAGCGAAGGAUGCCUUACUUCUCUGGUGUCAGAGAAAGACCAGCGGCUACCAUGGCGUCCAUAUACACAACUUUACAGACUCCUGGAGAUCAGGUCUUGGAUUCAACGCUCUCAUCCACGCCCACAGACCAGACCUGUUCCGUUGGUCGGAGGUCCCAGCUACCGACCACGUGGAAACCCUCAACCAUGCCUUCGACGUGGCCCACAAACAUCUGGGCAUUCCUCGUCUCCUGGACGCUGAGGAUGUCGACACCAGCCGUCCGGACGAGAAAUCAGUAAUGACAUACGUAGCUUCCUAUUACCAUACAUUCGCUCGGAUGAAGAAUGAACAGAAAAGCGGAAGGAGAAUCGCCAAUAUUAUCGGCCAAAUGAUGGACUGUGACGAUCGAAAAGGCGAAUACAGUAAGCUUUUCACAAAACUCCUCGAAUGGAUCCUUCUCAAGAUACAAGAAUUGAACGGGAGAGAAUUCCCCAACUCCUUGGACGGUAUACAACGACUCUUACUGUCUUUUAAGCAGUACAGAACUGUGGAGAAACCUCCCAAAUAUAAGGAGCGUUCUGAGAUUGAAGCUCUUUACUUUGACAUUAAUACGAUGCAAAAGAGUCUGACGGGUGAAGCUUGGGCUCCACUCGAAGGUCAGCUGCCUCAGGACUUGGAGAGGGCAUGGCAACAGUUGGAACAGGCCGAGCAUGCUCGCGAGAUUGCAUUAAGAACAGAAUUACUUCGACAGCAGAGGUUGGAACAACUCAACUACAAGUUCAACACAAAAUCGGUACUACGUAAAGGAUACCUGAAGGAGAUGAUCCAGGUCCUCUCUGACCCUCGCUACGGAUCCAACCUGGCACAAGUUGAUGCUACAGUGAAGAAACACGAAGCCAUCUCUGCUGACAUACUGGCCAGAACCGAACGUUUCGAAGAUUUAUCAGCCAUGGCCGCAGAAUUAGUUCGCGAGAACUAUCACGGCGCGGAAGCUGUGUCCAGGACGGAACAGGCGGUGCUGACCAGGUGGAACGAACUCCUGGAACUGCUGGAGAGGCACAGGAGCUCGUUGGCUAAGCUUGCCCAUCUGAUGGCUUUGCUUCGGGAGGCUGAUACUGUUGGACAUACUUUGACUGAGAUGAAGGCUCAAUUCCAAUCGGAGGAAGUCGGCCGUCACUUGGUGGACGUGGAACGGCUGUUGCAAGCCCACGCGCUGCAGGAGCUGCAGCUGGGCGCGCUGGACGAGACCAUCCGCCGCCUCGUGCGCCAGGGGGCCGGCGCUGACGGCGCCGCGCAGCCUAAACAACAGCUUACACAACAACUGACGCAACUAUCCCAAGAUUAUGACAGCUUGGUAGCCGCUGCCAAGGACCGUAAGGCAAGAUUGGAAGACGCUAGAAACCUUUAUCAGUUCCUUGAAGAUCACGACGAGGAAGAAGGCUGGGUGACGGAGAAACAGCGCAUAUGUCGCGCAGAAGUCGCGGCUAAGGAGCUUCGCGCAGUACUUGCGUUGAGACAGAAACACACCGCCUUACUCCACGAGCUACGUGCAAGAGAUCACGUCUCUCAACGACACAGAGCCAAGGGACAGAGUCUAAUCGACGCCAAGCAUCCCAAGUCUGCUGAGAUUGAGCGCCGGCUGACAUCCCUGAACAAGCAAUGGCAGAUACUGCGCGAGCUCGCCGCUGCCAGGGAGAAGCAGCUAGCUGAUGCUGCAGAGGCCCAUCAGUUCUACGGCGACGCGAACGAAGCGGAGUCGUGGAUGAAGGAGAAGCGUCCGCUGGUGGCGACGGAGGACUGCGGCAGCGACGCGCCGUCCGCGGGCGCGCUGCUCGCCCGCCACCGCGCCACCCACGACGAGCUCCGCGCCCACGCCGCCGAGCUCGCCGCGCUGCGCGCCCACGCCGCCAGGCUGCGCGCCGCCGGCAUCACCGAGCUACAGUUGCCAACGGAAGUGGAGUCCACUCCCGCCAUUGAGGAAGAGGAAUGGGUCAACGAAUCCAGGCUGGUGCCCACCGAAGUAUGGGAAGAGGAACCCGUGGAGCGCUUGGAGCAUAGAACAGUCACUGAGGAGAGGAGCGUCAAAGCCCUCUACGCGUUCACAGGCCAAGGAAUAUCAAUGCAAAAAGGCGAAAUAAUGUUUUUGAUCAACAAAACGAAUCCGGACUGGUGGUCGGUGAGGAAGGCUGACCGCACUGACGGGUUCGUUCCCGCUAACUACGUGAGGGAAAUUGAACCUAGAGUAGUUCCUGUUCAAGUACGUCGUCCAGAAAAAGUCCGGACAGUCCAAAGAGUUAAGAAGACAGUUUUGGUUAAGCAAGUGGUGCCAGUCAAACGUAACAAGCCCGCAGCUAGGCGAGCCAGCCGGGCUACUAUCCCGCAACCCAGGACAGCUAGCGUUGAGACCAGGAUGGAAGAAAUCCAAAAGGAUUAUGAUGAACUAUUAACUUUGUCGGCCGCGCGUCGCGCUCAGCUCGAGGAUGCGAUCAAAUUGUACAGCUUUUUCGCCGAAUGCGAUGAUUUUGACAAAUGGAUCAAGGAUAAGGAGAAGAUGUUGAGGGCUGAUGAUGCUGAUGAUAGCGUUGAUACUGCUAAGAGGAAAUACGAGAAAUUCGUGACGGAUUUAUCAGCGGCAUCGAAGCGCCUGGAACACAUAGACAGCGCGGCCAACGAGCUGGUUGUGGCCCGGCACGGUCAGGCCGCGCGCGCCACCGCCCGCGCCGCCCAGCUGCGCCAGCUCUGGGACCGACUGCUGCGACUUAAGCAGCAGAAGGAGAAGAGUCUAGAAGGAGCUUCCAGCGUGGAACUCUUCAGCCGAACUUGUGAUGAAGCCUUGGACUGGAUGGCGGAGAAGGAACAGCAGUUGGCGGCGAGCUCAGCCCCUGCAGCCGACCUCCGCACCGUGAGAGCCCUGCAGAGGAGACACGCCCAGCUCGAGAGGGAACUGGAACCUGUUAGGGAGAAAGUCAACACUAUCAGCUUGCUAGCUGACUCAGUCAAAUCCCAGUACCCGAAUGAGCGAGGCAACGUCGAAGGCAGACAGAAGGAAAUUCAGCAAAUGUGGGAGAGGUGCCAGGCCCAAGCUGCCGAGAGAAGGAGCCGCCUGGAGUCUGCCGUUGGACACCAGAUCUUUGGAAAUAGCUCCGCUACACUGACACACUGGAUGCAGAAAGUACGUGAGCAACUAGCCCAAGAAUCGAGCGCUAAAGAUGUCGCCACUGCCGAAGCUUUACACAAACAACAUCAAGAACUAAUGGACGAUAUCAAAGCACAUGACGAUGAAUUCAAAGAAGUAAUAGGUCUGGGAAAACAAUUGUUGGCUAACAACCCAGCUCUCACGGACGUUGCAGACAAGAUAAAGAGCUUGGAAACCGACCAUGAUGCUGUUAUUAAAGAAUGGCACGAAAAGGACGCCUAUUUAAAACAAUUGGUACAGCUUCAGAGCUUCAACCGGGAAUGCGAUCAGAUUGAUGCAUCUACCGGCGCUCACGAAGCGUAUCUCGAGUACAAACAGUUUGGUUCUUCGGUAGACGAGGCCGAGGCUCUGGUGAAACGCCAUGAGGAGUUGGAGGCCCGUCUGGCGGCUCAAGACGAGAGAUUAGCAACAUUCGUCCAGAAGGCAGAAGCGUUGGAGAAAAUACCCCAUUACGCCGCUGAGCAACAAUACAACACAAAUGAGAAGACGUUUUAUGAUGGUAAGCACUCGGUGCCGCCCAUGAACACUAGAGAAAUAACAAUGGCUCUGCCAGUUUUCGUGGAUUUGGGUUUCAAAGAUUUAAGGAUUAAGGAAGGAUUGGGAGGGGAAGGAUUGGGUCCCCGUAUCGCGGCCCGUCGCGCGGCAGUGUUGCAGCGUCGGGACGGCGUACGUCGCGCUGCGGCCGAGCGACGUCGCGCGUUACUAGCUAGCUUGGCGCAUCAACAGUUCGUUGCAGCGACUGAAGAGCUACAAAACUGGAUUCAAGACAAAACCAGGACUGCCAAGGAUCAGAGUUAUAGGGACUUGGCAAACUUGGAACGCAAGCUACAAAAGCACGAAGCGUUUGAAAGAGAAUUACAGGCAAAUGAAAAACAGCUGCGCAACGUUGAAAGCAUCGGCCAAUCUCUCCAAAAGUCAGACCCGUCCAGAGCGUCUGAGGUAUCCGAACACCUGUCUGGACUUCAGACGGCUUGGGAGGAGCUGGUGGCUGCCUCCAGGGAUAAGGGGAGCAAGUUGAGACAGGCCGCGCAACAGAGGAAGCAUAGAAGAUCUGUUGAAGAUGCGAAGGCGCGUCUCAUCGACUUGGAGCGACAGCUCAAGAGCGAGGAGUUUGGCACCGACCUCAGAAGCUGCAAGCGGUUACUGAAUCAACAUCAGGCCUUAGAACAAGAGCUGUCGCUGUGGGAGAACAAGGCUGGAGCCUUGGCAGCUCAGGGCGCAGACCUGGUCUCCGGAGGGCAUUUCGAUGCGGAGGCUAUCGAGAGGGACUCAGCGGCCUUACUGCGCGCCGUCCGCAGCCUUCAGCCUCCAGCCGCCGCGAGGAGACAGGCCUUGGAGAGUAGCUUGCAACUCCACAAAUUCGCUGCAGAAGUAGCUGGCGAGUUAGACUGGCUAUCAGAGCGCAGCGGCGCGGCGUCUUCCGAAGUGAUGCCGACAGACCUUCACGCUGCGCAGUCCGCGCAGAAGAAGCACGCGAAGCUCAAAGCUGAGCUUCUCGGCAGAAGGCCUUUGAUUGAAAGGGUCAUUGCUCAUGGUACCGCCCUGGUAGAAGAGGGUCAUCCGCAGAGGGAGAAGAUUGAAUCACUCUGUGAACAAUUAGAAGCUGGAUACACAUCAGUAUCUGAGGCGGCAGAAAGUCGUGCCUCGAAACUGGAAGCGGCGCUCAAAGCGCAACAGUUUAUGCACGACGCGCUCGAAGUCGACGCCUGGCUCGCUGACAAGGCGGCUGCGCUUGCGCACGCUGAUCUGGCCAAGGACAGGCACAGAGCUACCCACUUAUUGACCAGACAUAAGGCUGUAGAAUUGGAACUAGACACAUACGCAGCGAUUAUAGCUGAGAUGGGACACGUGGCGACAUCUAUGGCCAACGGUGGACAUCCGGAAGGCGAAGCCCUACUCGCCAGACACGCGCUUUUAGCUGAAAGUCUCGCGAGACUGCAGAGACUGGCUGCUCAGAGACAGAAGGCCUUGGUCGAGAGCGUUUGUCGACACGAGUACUUGGCAGAGAGCGCAGAGCUUGAGAGCUGGAUACAGGAGCAGUACGCUGCUGCCUCCAGCGAGGACUAUGGACAAGAUUAUGAGCAUCUUCUGAUUCUUCGUUCGAAGUUCGAUGAGCUUCGACAUCGCGUGGAGAGCGGUGCCGAGCGCUUUAACCAAUGCGAGGAACUCGCCAAGAAGCUUUUAGCCACUGAAAGCCCUUACAUAGGGGAUAUUGAGAAGCGGCAGGAAGCCUUAGGAGAAUGGUGGCAGCGUCUGGUGGAGCAGAUGGAGUCCCGCGCGUCCCGGCUGCACGCUGCGGGCGAGAUCCACCGCUUCCACCGCGACGUGGCCGAGCUGGCGGAGCGCGCCGGGGACGCCAGGGCAGCCCUCGCGGCGCCGCCCCCGCCCCGGGACCUCCGCGCCGCCACUGCGGCCCUACGAGCACACGAUACCAUGCAAAACGAUCUCCUUGCCAUUGAUGCGCAGAUGCAGGUCCUCCUUGAAGAAGGCAACCGUCUCCAGAAACUGUACCCUGGCGGCAACGUCCAGCAGAUUGAGCUGCAGCAGAAGGCCCUAGAAGAUGCCUGGACCAUGCUCAAACAAGCUGCUGAUGACAGGAGACAUACUCUCCAACAAUAUUUGCAGUUACACCAAUUCUUGACACAGGUCCGCGACCUGACGUCGUGGUCGGUGUCCCUGCGCAGCUCGAUGUCGGGCCCCGUGCGCGUGCGCGACGCGGUGUCGGCGCAGAGCGCGCGCGCCGAGCACGACGCCGUGCGCGCCGAGCUCGACGCGCGAGACGGAUCAUUCAGGGACGCGCUACACAUGGGCAGGGAACUCGCCACGCAACAUCCUAAUGCUGCUGAGGUCGAAGAAAAAUGCGAAGCCUUGUUAGAGGAACGCAACAGGUUGCAUGGAGCCUGGGCAGCUAGACAGGUCGCGCUGGACCAGCUCAUAGACCUACACUGCUUCCUAAGAGAUGCCAAGCUCCUACACGAUCUCUGCGCCACCCAAGAAGCUGCUCUCAGCACUGAAAUAUCACAGACGAGCAGUGUCGAGGAAGUGGAGAACCAAUUGAAGAAACACGAAGCCUUCGAAAAACUUCUCGCUACACAAGACGAGAAGCUAGCUACCCUGAACAGUCACGGAGACAAGCUGCUGCAGCAGAACCACGUCGAGAGUCAAAGAAUCGCUGACGAAUUACAGCAUAUCAAUGAAAGAAGGAAGAAGCUAUACUCGGAGUCUGGGCGUCGUCGCGCGGCGUUGGUCCGUUCGCGUGCGCGUGCGCAGUUCGCGCGCGACGCGGCCGAGGCCCGCGGCUGGGUCGCUGACAAACUCGCCAAGCUGGCCGCUGAACAUCAACAUGGUGAAGUGACAAAUCUUGAAGAUAAAAUCAAGAAGCUGCAGAAGCACCAGGCUUUCACUGCGGAGCUGGCGGCGAACAGGGCUCGCCUGCAGGAGGUCCAGGAGCUGGCCGGCCAGCUGCGGCCCGACGCCGACGUCGACAAGCAGCUGCAGGACCUGCAGGCUGACUGGCAGCGACUCGAGACUGCCACCGAGCAACGAGGUCGAGGUCUAGAAGAAGCUCAAGACAUCUUGGAGUUCAACCAGCAUCUAGACAAGAUUGAAGCCUGGAUCAGAGACAAAGAGAUGAUGGUGCAAGCUCACGAGCUGGGCAGAGACUAUGAACACUGUAGCGCGUUAUUAAGAAAACUGGAUGACAUGGACAGUGAUAUGAAGGUCGACGAUCGAAGGGUCAAGAGCAUCUGCGCUUUAGCUGACAAACUACUUCAACAGGGACCGACCCAACAAGCAGCGACAGUGUCACAGCGUCGUGACGCCUUCCUUGCAAAAUGGCACGCUCUCUCCGGCGCCCUGCAAAAGUAUAGAGACAACUUGUCCGCUGCACUCGAAAUACACUCUUUCAACAGAGAUGUAGAAGAUACAGAAGAACGUAUCUCCAAGAAAGCGACGUUGUUCAGUAGCGCCGAGAGAGGGCGCGAGUUGACAGCUGCGCAGGAGUUGAAGAGGCGCCAUCUAGCGAGGGCCGCUGAAGCUGGCGCUAUUAGAGAUAAGAUACAACAGUUGGAGGGCGAAGGGAAGACUCUUACUGAGAAAUACCCGGAACGUGCAAAAGAGAUAGAGAAGAGCUUGCACAGCCUACGCGAAGGUUGGGAAGAGUUACAGGAGUUGGCUGCGAAACGCACCGCGUUGUUGGAUGAAGCCAUCGCUGAACAUAAAUUCGAUGAAAAUCUCAAGGAAUUGGAGCUCUGGGUCUCGGAGGCCGUUAAGCGGAUGGACGAGACAGGAGCCCCGGAGACAGUGUCUGAUGCUGAAGCGCUUCUGGAACUGCAUCAUGAGAAGAAGGCUGAAAUCGAUGGUCGCCAGAAAGCCAUAAGCUCUCUUCAGAAAGAAGCUGAACAGGUUCCUGAGAAGGUCAAGCGAGUGGAAGUUCUAUCCAGCACUUUGGACCAGGCCUGGCUGAAGAGGAAACAGUAUUUGACGCAGGCUCAUCAAUUGCAACUGCUGAAGGAGCAAGCGAGACAGACAGAGGACUGGCUCGCUUCUAAAGAGGCCUUCUUGAACAAUGACGAUCUUGGAGAGAAUUUAGAUGCCGUGGAAACUUUGAUCCGUAAGCACAUGGAGUUCUCCAAGCUACUCCACAGCCAGCUUGGAAGGGUCGAUGAGCUGCAGAAGUUCGCAGCCAGCAUGCUGGAAGACCAGCACUUCGAUAGAGACUAUGUUGAGACCAGGCUCAAAACAAUACUGAAUAGGAGAGACAAGUUACUGGAGUCCUGUAAGCAACGCGGUGAAAUAUUGGAACAAUCUCGUCAACUACAUCAGUUUUUGAGAAACCUCUACCAUGAGCGAGAAUGGAUAUCCCUAAAAAUGCAAAUAGCAAACGACCAGAAUUACAGAGAGCUAUCGAACCUGCAAAGUAAGAUACAGAAGCACGCUGCUUUCGAAUCUGAGCUAGCGGCGAACAAAGGACGCAUCGAUGAUGUUGCCAACCAUGGGGAAACUUUAAUAGAAGGUAAACACUACGCAUCUCAGGAGAUCGCCAAGCACGUGGAAGAACUAGAAAACCAAUGGAGGGAACUACAGGCUGCGGCUAAGCUCCGUCGUGAGCGCCUCCAAGAAGCUUACCAAGCCAGGGUGUACCUCCGAGGGUUGGAUGACUUCACAGCCUGGCUGGACGAUGUGGAGUCACAGCUGCUCAGCGAAGAUCAUGGUAAAGAUUUAGCUUCGGUUACUGCGCUAUUGAAGCGUCACUCCCGUCUUGAACAGCAGGUAUCAAGCAAAACGGACUCCGCCACGCAAUUGGCCGAUAAUGCCAGGCAACUGGCUGACAGUAACCAUUUCAUGGCUGAUGAAAUACUGAAAAAGGCUGACCACGCUGUAAAACGAUACCGUCAACUUCAAGAACCAAUGCAGAUACGUCGAGACAACUUAGAGGACGCUGCGUUGCUACAUCGCUGGGAUAGAGAUGCUGAUGAGGAAUUCCGCUGGUUACGUGAACGAGAAUCGGCAGUGCGACAGGAGGAAGCAGGUUCGACGCUGGCCGAAGCACAAGCAAUGCUUAAGAAACACCUCGCUCUUGAAGCAGAAUUACUUACAAGAGAGCCAAUAAUAAAGGCGUUGGUUACCCGAGCUAAUCAACUGUCCCGCCGCGGUCACUUCGCGUCGACGGCUUUAGACGCGCGAUCGCGCGACCUAGCCGCGGCACAUCGCGCGUUAGUUGACGCGGCCGCCAUCAGAACCGCGCUUAUACGCGACCGAUGCGAAUUGUUACAGCUUAUCUCGGAAAUAUCAGAAGCCGAAGCGUGGUUAUUAGAACGCCGCAUAGCGCUGGUCUCCGGCGAUGUUGGGAGGGAUGAAGACUCAGCCCUCGCUCUAGUGAGGAGAUUGGACGCUUUGCAACGCGAAGUCACUGGGUUCGAUGGCACGAUUGUGAAGCUGGAGAAAACUGCGGCCGGUUUGGUGGAACGUUCCACAAUCGAUGGUGAUCAGCUGCAGAAGCGCAUCGCUGAGUUGAAGACGAUGCACGAAGAUAUGAAACUCCUGUCUGCCAAGCGACAGCAACGGUUGCAACAGAGUCUCAAAUAUUUCAAGUUCGUCCAAGAAUGCGAGGAAGUACAGGAAUGGAUCAGCGAGCAAAUGACGACGGCCGCCAGCGAGGAGUACGGGCUCGACGUCGAACACGUGGAGACGCUGCAGCAGGCCUUCGACAACUUCCUCGCGCAACUACAAGCGAGUGAAGGUAGGAUAGAAGGUGUCUGCGAAGCCGGCACUGUACUUCUAGAAGAGAACACUCCAGAGGCUGAUAGAGUUAAACAGAGGAUCGAUGACAUCAAGGGACUGUGGGACGAUCUCAAAGAACUGGCGCUGGCCAGGCAAGAGGCCUUAGCAGGCGCCCGCCAAGUCCACGAGUUCGAUCGCUCGGCUGAAGAGACAGCCGCCUGGGUCGCUGAGAAGGACUCAGCCCUCGGCAGCGAGACCCUGCCGCCUCGCUCGCUACAUGAACUCCACGCACAGAAGAGGAGUCUCCACGCCCUGAGGGCUGAUCUAGAUGCUAUCAAGGCUGCUCAUGAUAAGCUUCAAGAGGAGGCAGAGAGACUGGGUACAGCAUUCCCGGACGCGAAGGAACACGUCUCCGCUAAACUGGAGGACGUGACGGAGUCGCUGCAGGCGCUGGUCGAGCGCGCUGACCAAUGCAACCAUCAGCUGGAACUCGCUGGCCAGCUCCAGGCAUACUUCGAUACCUAUCAGGAAUUACUAGCAUGGACCAACGAAACCCUGGCCCGUGUUACCGCGCCAGACCUCGCCACGGACGUGUCUGGCGCUGAGCGACUACUAGCCAGACAUCAAGACAUCAAGGUGGAGAUUGAGGCCAAGGAGGAGGCCUUCCAGACCUUAUAUAGCGAUGGAGAAAAACUAGUGAAGGAAGGUCACUUUAUGUCCAACGAGAUUGAGGAUCGCAUGUCCAUAUUGCGAAGUAGACGCGCCCAUUUGGACGCGGCCUGGUCCAACAGGGAAAGGAUAUACACCCAACAUCUAGACGCCCUGGUCUUCAAGAGGGAUGCUGAUGCCCUGGACAACUGGAUCACCAACAGAGUUCCAUUGGUGAGAGAUGGGAAAUACGGCGAGAGCGUAGCCCAAGUUGAGGAGCUGAUCAACCGACACAGAGACCUGGAAGAAACUAUCGACGCACAGAAGGACAAGUUCAAUGCUCUCAAGAGGAUAACACUUGUGGAACAGGCCUUCCAAAUGCAGCGUGAUGAAGAGGAACAGGCCCGUCGAAGGUCAGCAGAGAGGCAGGAGGCUGAAAGGCUGCAGCAGUACAGGAAGAGGGAGAUGGAACGCAUCACUGAGGAACGGAGGAGGGAGACUGCGCCCGUGCCUAUGGUUAGAGAGGCCGAACGUCUCCAAACAUCAGUGGCUCCCGCAUCAUCAGAGGAGACAUUGUCACCAGCCCCUCAAUUCGACAGACUGCCGAAGAACGAGCAACAUGUCAAACGCGCCGAGAGUAUGAAUGUUGUAAAGACACAGAAGCGGACCCCAUCGUUCACCACUCGUCGCCGCACGCAGAGCUUCAGGCGACACGGAAAAGAACUGCCACCCGUCGAGAUUGAAGGUUUCCUAGAGCGCAAGCAGGAAGCAGGUCGCGGCGGCAAGCGAGCUACAGUACGAUCGUGGCGAGCUUACUACUCCGUGCUUUGUGGACAACUGCUCUGCUUCUUCAGAGAUGAACUGGACUUCGCCAGCGCCAAGGCAGCCGCCCCGCCCGUCGCUAUACUCAAUGCGCGCUGUGAACCCGCAGGAGAUUACACAAAACGCGCCAACGUGUUCCGGCUGGCCUGCGCUGACGGGGCCGAGUACCUCUUCGCCUGCAGCUCCAGGGAGCUUAUGAAGGACUGGGUGGCGAAGCUGUCCUUCCACGCGCAACUACCACCAGAGCUUCAGCUGACUCCGUACUCCUCGGUGCCGCCGGGAGAGUCUCCCACUGCCGAGAUCAGGAGGAGGCUGCAUGAGAACGCGGAGUCUUCAUCAUCAGCUCCAUCGUCCCCGGAACCUGAGCGUAGACCGCGCACACAGACGGAGAUCCUACAAGAACACAGGAACAGCCAACAGGCUCAGAGAACUUCUUCGACUACACCCGAAAGAAAUAUUGAAUCGGAGGUGCUACCAUCAUUACCGCCCCGCCAGCCUCCGCCUGAAGAGGACGCCGCUGAAGUCGUAUUCAGGAACCAAGAACAAGCUACACAGUCAAGCUCGUGGGGACGAUCACGGUUCUCCAAUGGACGGGAUAUCAACACAGAGUUCAUACGUUCACAGCAAACUGCCGAAAUGGGGGCCCCUCCUUUACCCGUAACAGGGCCCCCUCACCGCCCACCACUGCCUGAAAGAGCCCCGACUCUACCCGAACGAGGACCGAACUUACCCGAACGGGGACCGAACAUACCCGACCGGAAUACUCAAGAAAAACAAUCAGUAUCGGCUUUAGUUAACAGCUAUCAGCAACGGAUGACUGGCAAUUGGCAGCAACGAGAUGCUAAAGACGCCAAUGCCAAUAGAACAGCCUCCUGGCAAGGCUAUGCCAGUAAUAAUAACUGGCAAAAUGUCGAGACGACUUCACAUUUUUACGCUACAAGCGAAACUGCUUACGGAGGCAACAGUGGUGGCAACACUCGACCGGCAUCCGUCGCUGGAAGUGGAGGAUCGCCAGCUUUAGACCAGAGACCAGCUUCAAGGUCAUCGGGCGAGUCUGAGCUCUCAGUGAGUGGGGUCUCAAAAGACAAGAAGGACAAGAAGGGGGUCUUCGGAGGUCUAUUCAGCAGAAAGAAGAGACCCCAAAGUCAUAUGUAAUGUCACUGUCAAAAAACUGUCAAAUUGUUGUACAUUCAAACAUAUUUUGAAUUAAAUACAAGUCUUUUAAGACAUUCGUUGACACGACUAUAUCCUUUUUAAGGAUAUUAACGUGCGCAUUACAAUAUAU